CAAUGGGCCGCUCCGGUGGCAAUAUAUAGGGCUGGGCGGACGGCUUUGCGCUGCCCCAGAGCGGAACCGGCAGGCGGAGUCUUUGCAAGCGGCAGGAUGGCGUGGCAGCCCAUGGAGAUCAACCCGGAGAUGCUGAACAAAAUACUCAGUCGCCUGGGAGUUGCCCCCGGUUGGCAAUUUGUGGAUGUUCUGGGAUUGGAUGAAGAUAUCUUGAGCGCUGUGCCGAGUCCGGCUUGUGCCCUGCUUCUGCUGUUUCCCCUUACUGCUCAGCAUGAAAACUUCCGGAAAAAGCAAAUUGACGAGCUCAAAGGUCAAGACGUGAGUUCGGAAGUCUACUUCGUGAAGCAGACCGCGAGCAACUCCUGUGGAACCAUUGGCCUUAUCCACGCAGUUGCAAACAAUCAAGAUAAAAUGCGAUUCGACGAAGGCUCUGCAUUAAAGGAAUUCCUCACUGCGACAGCUGGACUCUCCCCAGAUGAGAGAGCCAAACGUCUCGAGAACAACAAGGCCAUUCAAGAAGUCCAUAAUGCGGUAGCUCAAGAGGGCCAGUGUCGGGCUGAAGACGAUAAGGUGAAUUUCCAUUUCAUUCUAUUUGCCAGCGUGGGAGGACACCUUUAUGAACUGGAUGGAAGAAUGCCAUUCCCUAUAAAGCAUGGAUCUAGUUCGGAUGCCACCAUGCUGAAGGCAUCGGCCGACAUCUGCCGGCAAUUCACCGAACGUGAGCAAGGGGAGGUCCGUUUUUCGGCGGUGGCCCUGUGCAAGGCAGCUUGAAAUUUGGUAACCAACAUAACGUCCUCAGCCUCUCACCGGAUGUAGUCCCAGCCGUUAGGGCUUUAGCGCACUUAUGUUUAAAACGUUGAAAAGAAAAGAAAGAAAACCAAAAGAAGUCAAAAGCCAAAACCGGCUGUUCUUGGUUUUGAAUUUAAGGUGUAACGCAAUUUUGUUUCCUUCCCCCCCUUCCUGACCGCAAGCUUCGGUGACGCCUGUCCUAGAGCUGAAAUUCACGCAAAAGUGUCAGACGUUGGAAACCGUCGGUGUUUGUAAAUGCUUCCCACGCUUUUGUGAGUCCCGAGUUUCUUUCGAGCGGUUGUGACUUCUCGUCCGUCACAAGAAUAAAUUCCUCCUUGCUAGCCCGG